UAAAAAACACAUAAAAUUUCAGAAAAAAACUAUUCAAAGGCUAACUCAAACACAUGAGAUUUUAAAAUUAAUCAAUAUAAAUAAGACAAGCAACGAUUUGGAAGUUAGUAAAACAGAUAUUGAUAGGCUAGAAACAGUAAUUAUUUCUCAUAGUUGUAUUUCGGAUAUUCAUCCAAUAAGUGUAUCUGACUAUGGUUAUUUUGACGUGUUGUACGAUAAUAAGACAGCUGGGCCUGGCUGGAUAGUCAUUCAGCAGAGAAUAGAUGGCAAAGAAAAUUUUGAACGCGAUUGGAACACUUACUCAGCGGGCUUUGGCUCUUUUAGGGGUGACUUCUUUCUUGGCUUGGAGAAAAUUCUUCAACUAACGAGCUCGAUGCGCUAUGAACUCUAUAUUCACAUGGAGAAAUAUGAUGGAACUACUAGGUUCGCUCAUUACGAUCAUUUUAUAAUCGAGGGCAGAGAUCAAGACUAUAAAUUGAGCAGUUUGGGUAAUUAUUUGGAAAACGAUGGGAAAGGUGACUAUUUCCGAUAUCAUAAGGGCAUGAAAUUCUAUACCUUUGACCGUGAUAGAAGUGAUGGCUGCGCAAAGGACUUUCGAGGAGGCUGGUGGUUCUUUGGUUGUGCAGGAUGUUUUUUGAAUGGAGUCUACUCGGAGACUGACAAUGGGGACAAACUGUCAAAUAAUUUUUGGUCUGAAUACGGAAAUCUAAAGAGGACACAAAUGCUUAUACGCAAAUAUCAAGAAUGAUUUAG